AUGCCGUGCGGGCCCCGUCCCGUGACUUCCGUCUACCCGUCCCCGUGGACCACUGGUUUAAAUAAUCCCGCCCGUAGUGAACCACCAGCAUCUGAUGAUGAAUUACCAGUUGCUGUUGAUAAAAUAACAUCAGAAGAUUCGUCCGAUGAUAAAUCAUUUAUUUCGAUCAUUGGGGUUGACAAACGAGAAGAAGCUUUCAAAAAUCAAAAGAAUUUUAUUCCCUUGACUUUAGUCUAG